AUGGUUUCCAAAACCACGCGAGAUGCUACUGCAGCAGCAAGAAGAGCGGCUGCACGCACGCGUGCGGCCGCGGAAAGCGCCUCUCACACCUCUCCAGCGGGUGAUUCUACACCUGCUGCUGUGAACAGUCCACGUGGUGAGUCACCACGUGCGACAGGUAAAUCCGCUGCGUCUGCAGCGGGUUGUGCGAAUCGUAAUUCGGAUGAGUUUGAGAUAGAGCUCAUCUAUUCUGGCGAGUCGGAUGAUGCAUCCGACUCGAAGUCGACUCCUCACGCCUCCGGAUCACCCUGGGCGGACACUGCAAGAGCCAGGUUGACUAGCUCUGGUCAACGCGGCGGCAUAUUGACCGAGAUCUUCGGAUCGAGUGAUUAUUCCGAUGAAUCUCCGCCUCACGCAAGUCCGUCUAACGAUAGGAUGCGUGAGGAUGGUGGUGGUGCACCUAUGCAUCACCACGAGCGGAGUAAUUCAAGGGUUCGGGGUAACACUGGUGCCAGUGCUCGUGCUGGCACCAAUCAAGAGGCCAGGGACCGAAAUGUCCUGCGCCACGCUCCUCAAGUGGGGUAUCCGCUAAUGCCGUCAUCCAGAGAGUUGGACCGGUUGUUCGGCAUGACUACCGAACGAGAUCAAAUCCCUUUGUUCGAUUGCAGGAAGAUUUGUCCACCUGAUUCCAGCACGGAAAGAAUCCGUGCUGAGGAAGAGUUUUUCACUGAUGCGUUUUAA